ACCAUACGGUGGGCGCCGGGAGACAGAAAAGGCCGGGGCGGCUGGGCGAUGAAACGCGCUUCUGCUCCGGGAUGGAGGGGCCGGGGCAGCCUGAGCCUGAAGAAGUAGGAAUGACUGAAGUGCAGGAGCCUGUUGAAUCACCAACAGCAGUGAUUGAGUCACCUGGGGACGAGUCACCUAUAGUCGAAUUGCCAACAUCAGUGGACCAGUUACCUACAGAUGAAUUGCCAGGGUCUGUGGCCGAAUCAUCUGUGGCUGAAUUGCCAACAACUGUGGUCAAAGCACCUGUGACUGAACCAGCAGAGACUGUAGUCAAAGCACCUGCGGCUGAAUCAGCAGCAGUGGUCGAAUCACCAGAAGUUGAAAAGCCUAUGGUGUAUGAAGACCCCUUUGAAGUUUCCCUUAUGUACAUGGAGAAACAUAACAUUCUGCACAUAUUUCAGGAGAUCACUGAAAACUUGGUGUAUGAGAAGCCCGAUGACCCCUUGCAGUUCAUGUUGCUGCAGGUGCAGUCCAUGAUGAACAAGCAGCUGGAAAUGGAGGAGGAGGAGGAGGAGCUGGGCGGUGACAGCUUCUACACAGCAGAGAACUUUCCUGGUGGCUACCAGUGACCUUGGCAACAUGGUUGUUAGCACAGGGCCUCUGGCUAACACUGCACUUGCACGCUUGGUAGAAAUGGUUUUGAACAGGUCUGAUGGUAACUGAGCUUCCUGGCUUCUCUUGUUCUGGGUGCUGUGCUUCCAAUUGCUUGUAAAUUAUGCAACUGCAUGUUAUCGAUACACAAACCUCCUAAGAAACACACACACACGCCUCUGAACAUUCCUGCCGAACCCACCACAUAGCAUGUACGCACAGAGGCUACUUUUCUGUGAACACAGACUCUACAGCUCUGAUCACACAUAUACACAGACAACAGCACAAACCCACAGCAACCAGACUUAAUGGCUAUAGAUCCAACCACCCUUGAACACUUACACACGUUUCUACCGUCUCUGUUCUGUUUUGGUGGGUGGUCUGUCCUAAACUGUCAUAUAGCAAUCCACUAUAUAACAGUUUGGAACUCCAGUGUCCACACUGGGAGGGGCUGUCUCUGUCCCUCUCCCUCCCAGAACCCCCUUGUCCCACACUGGAAGGGGCGGUUUCCCCCUCAGCUAUCCCUGCUGAGUUCAGAUCACUCUGUCCUUUUGUAUUCUUCUCUCUGCCAUGGCAUGUACAAUUCCUAUACACACACAACUAGAAGGUGAAGUUAAGGUUGCAGGGACAUAUGUGUGGCUUCAGAGCAUAUCACCUCUUAAAAAUACUAGUUGAAUAAAAAACAAAAACAACUGUUAGAAACCCAGGAAAUUUAGAGUUAAAGGGUACUUCUCAAACAAGUAACUCAAAUUACCGUUUAUCUU